GGAAGCAGUAUUUGCGAUGCUGGCUGGUUUGUUAUGGGCUUCAUGCAUGGAUUGUUCUGAAGUUGAGGAUAGAUAGGAGAUGUAGAGCUGGGGUUUAGGGUGCGUGGCUGCGAAACAAGAUGGUCGCGUAUGGAUGGAUGUAUGGAUGGAUGGAAUAUGGACGGAUGGUGAUUGAUUCGGGAUGGGUCGCGGGAGGGAUGGUUUUUGGUUGCGAUAGUCGCCUCUUGGAACGAUAUUUAAUGGGUUUUGAGAGAGGUGGACGUACCGGUGUCAGUGUAGUCAUCGUCCUCCUCUUCGUCAUCCGAGGCAAGAAGGACGUUGUGCUUGCUGGGCUGAGGCUUCUCCUGGGCGAAGUGCUCGUCCUCGACUUCGGUGAGCUUGACCAUUGUGACGUUUGGGGAGUGUGAACGGUGUGGGUUGGAUUGCGAUAGAAGGUGGAGCCCGAGGGUCGUGAAGAUGAAGACGGUGGUGAGUGAGUAGGAAGUUGGAUGGAGGAGCAGAACGGAGAUUGAAGGCGG